AGAACAGAACCGAACCGAAGCCCUGGAAAUAUCAAAAAAAUAAUAAUAGGAACAGAGCAAGAGCAGAAAAGCCUUGGAAAAUCGAAAAGUAUCAAAUUUGCGAUUUUAGAUCUUCAUCUUCCUGGUUUUGUUGUUAUGGCUGUGAACCCUCAACUGUUCCCAAAUGGAAUGCCCGUUCCUUUCGUCAACGAGUUGUUUGUUUUGGCCAGAGACGGUGUCGAAGUCGAAGUCGACAAGAUCCCUGGAGCUCAUGGAGGUCACCUUAAGGCAAGGGGAACAAUUUACUUGUCAAAUAUACGCAUGGUCUUUGUAGCAAAUAAGCCUGUAGGGAACGUUACUGCUUUUGAUAUACCCCUGCUUUAUGUUCACGGUGAAAAAUUUAAUCAACCUAUAUUUUUCUGCAACAACAUUUCUGGUCAAGUGGAACCUGUGGUCCCAGAAAACCAAAACAGGGCACUUUACUCCACUCACUCAUUCAAGAUUUUGUUCAAGGAAGGUGGCUGUGGAACCUUUGUUCCACUCUUUUUCAAUUUGAUCUCUUCAGUGAGACAAUACAAUCAACACUAUAGUUCGGCAACAGAGCCUCGUGUGGAUCCUUUGCAAGCAGCGCAAACUCCUGUUGAUGAAAUGAUGAGAUCCGCAUACGUUGAUCCUAAUGAUCCAACAAGAAUCUUUUUGCAGCAACCAACAGCUGAGUCUCAACUUAGGAGGCGGACAUACCAGUCCCAGCCUGCCGAGCAUUCUAUUUAAUUUAAUCUUGUGUGUAUAGCAUAUGAUUACAUGUUUGAAGAAAACCCUAUAAAUAAAUUAAUACUAGAAUGAUGUGUGACUAAAACUGCAUAGAGGCCACUUAUUCUGUGUUUCAUAAUAACAGUACCUUUUGUUCAUAA